AUGUCCUAUGCUCAGUUGUUUAAUCAUCUUCGCCAGAUCAACUUGAUUGAAUUGAGAAAUUGGAAAGUGCCAUACCCUCUCCCUGCUAGUCAUGAUCCAAAUGCCAGAUGUGUGUUUCACUCUGGAGGUGUUGGGCACGACGUUGAGAACUGUUGGGCAUUCAAACACAGAGUGCAAGACCUUAUUGGUAAUGAGACUAUUGAGUUUAAGCCUCCCAAUGGACCAAAUGUGGUGCAAAAUCCCAUGCCACCUAAUGGAGGUGCUGCUGUGAGUGCUAUUGAAGUAGAUGAAGAGUUAAAUCUGAUCAUGGAUGCUAGUUUUGUAACUACCCCGCUGCCUUUUGUCAAAGAAUAUCUUUUGAAGAUGGGGGUCUUUCCUGGUUGUGCUGUUGAUUGUAAAGAUUGUUUAUAUCAGUAUAAUGGUUGUGAUUGUCUGAAGUCUGAAAUUCAGAAUCUAAUUAACAAGGGAUCUCUACAGUUUGACCGUCUGAAAAAGAAAGUUGUAGAGGAAGUUGAUGUUAUCACUAUUCAUGUGCCUUCAAAGAAAUCCACUGUUCGUAUUACUUUACCGGGCCCUGUUCCUUAUAGCAGUGAUAAAGGUGUUCCAUGGAACUAUGGGGCAGAAGUAUGUUACCAAGGGCAAAAGGUUAAUGUUAAGACUCCUAAUUCCGAUGUUAAUGAUGUUGGUGGAACUGGUCAAAUUACUAGGAGUGGUCGUAUGUUCUCUCCUGCUCAAAGGACUCCUGAGAAUACUCAACCCUCUGGUUCGAAUUCGGGGAUGCCAUCUAAUGAAGAAGUUGAAGAGAUUAUGAGAUAUAUCCGAAAAAGUGAUUAUAGAGUGAUUAAUCAGUUAAGCAAGACACCGUCAAAAAUCUCUAUUAUGUCCUUGCUCAAUGGUUUAGCUUUCACUGAUUUUGAUUUGCCUCCCGAGGGGAGAAAGCACAACAAAGCUCUUCAUAUUUCUUUGGAAUGUACAGGUGUGACUUUGUCCCAUGUGCUGGUUGACACAGGUUCAUCUUUGAAUGUACUCCCAAAAGCGGCGCUGAUGAAAUUAAACUAUCAAGGGGUGGAGAUUCGACCAAGUGAAUUGAUGGUGGAGCCUUUGAUGGGUCUAGGAGGAUUGUCUUUGUCGGCCUAUUGCUGUUUGUUGGGACGCCCAUGGAUACAUGAGGCAGGCGCUGUUACUUCCACGCUGCAUCAGAAGUUAAAAUAUCCUAUUGAUAGCAAGAUCGUCACUGUCUGUGGUGAGGAGGAUUAUGUUGUUGUGGAAUCUGAACACCCCGAAGGUUGGGGUAGAGUGUUGGAACUGCCAACUCAAAAGGACAAGUGUGGGUUGGGAUUCAAGUUUGAUCAAGAAUGGAGGAACCAGAAGAAUAAUAGUACCCCCGAGACUCAGCAGGCCACUGGCCCUAUCAAGUAUAUCAGUGCUAGGAAGAGCAAAGAAGAGGAUGCCUGUGUUGUUGAAAACAAAGUGGAUAUUGAUUAUGAUAUAGAGACUUGGAUUCACCCAACAGUCCCCGGUCAAGAGCUAUCUAAUUGGACUUCUGAAGAACUUGUCACGGUCACCCGCAUGGAGGAGUAA